CUGUCCUCACAAUGCGUUCCGCGUUGACAUACUCAACCGGUUUCUUCUUGGCCACCCUCGUCUCCGGCCACGGCCACGUCUCCCAAGUCACCAUCGCCGGGAUAUCCUACUACGGCCAUGAUCCGACGAAGGUUCCGUGGGGCCCACAGCCGGACAGCAUUACCUGGAGCAACGGCGCAAAAGACAAUGGCUACGUAGCCUCCGACCCCGUGACUCUCGCCUCGCGCGACGUCAAUUGCCAUCUUAACGCCACUAACGGCAAGCUGGUGGCCCAAGUCGCAGCUGGUAGCGACAUAGCCGUAACGUGGAACGACUGGCCCGUGUCUCACCACGGCCCCGUGCUCGAUUAUAUGGCCGAUUGCGGCGCGGAUUGCACGACUGUUGACCUGGACGAGCUCAGAUGGUUCAAGAUUGACGAGAUGGGCCAACUUGAGAAAAGCACUGUGGGCGGCGUGGCGGGGAGAUGGGCCACUGAUCUGUUGAUCGAGAAGAACUUGACUUGGACGGUCACCAUACCUACACAUCUCAAGCCGGGGAACUACGUCCUGCGCCACGAGCUCAUUGCCCUUCACCCUGGCGGCGCAGAGAACUCGACGCAGUUGUACCCCCAGUGCAUCAACCUUAACGUUACUGGGGAGGGCACCGUGCUGCCAAAGGGGACCCCUGGGUCACAGCUGUACUCGUCCCAGGACCCUGGUCUCGUGCACAAUAUCUACACUGACUUCUGGCUCCCGAAUCGAGAUUACAUAAUCCCUGGGCCUUCGGUUUUCAAUGAGUACUAAUUGGUCUCGGGGGCGGCGGUCUUUGGCGCGACUGUUAUGAUGGGCAAGUAUAGGUACUCCUCUCCUUUCGUGCCUGCACAUUAUAGGGACAACAUGGUCACGAUCGUCCGGAAAGAAGCGCCCUAGUGAUGAUUUGGAG